AUGUCCGUUUCCUCUCUAAAUCAGGGCCAACUGCAACAACAACUGCAACUGCAGCAGCCGCAUAAUACCCACCUUCAACCACAGCGAAGUCCAUUAAGCAUACCUCAUAGUAAAGGAGAUGCCAUCAGUCAUCAUGAAUUGAGCUAUGAAGCAGGCUCUCCUCCUGUAAGUAGCGCCCACUAUCCACAAAACCUGAUACUACUGCACCAACAACAACAACAACAGCAGCAACAACAACAACAAAGCCUACCAACUUCAAACUAUCUUGGUACUUCGCCAAACUCUGCAAAUCAUGACUUUUUACGGCCUCUACUCAAUCACAAACUGAGAUCAACCAACAACGUUUCCAGAGUACGCUCCAAUUCCGAAACAAGUAUAAGAAACCACCGAGAUUCUUUUUUGCAGAGCAAUUCUCUAGUUGAAGAAAACUCGAAAUACUUUGGUGUACCACUUCAACUCGCUCUAAAUGAGGCAUCUGCCAAAAUCUCGGUUUUGACAGGCGAUCAAUCUGAUGGGUUACAGUAUGGGGAAAUCCCCAUAGUUGUCGCCAAAUGCGGUGUUUAUUUGAAGAAAAACGGAUUAUCUGUUGAAGGGAUAUUUCGGGUAGGCGGCUCAUCAAAGAGAUUAAAAGAGUUGCAAGUCAUAUUCAACACCCCGCCAACUUUUGGUAAGAAAUUAAGCUGGGACGGCUAUACUGUUCAUGAUGCAGCAUCGAUUUUGAGGCGAUAUUUAAAUGCCUUGCCUGAACCGUUAAUUCCACUAAACAUGUAUGAAGAGUUUCGAGCACCACUCAAGAAUAGACCAAGAAUUAUUAGUUAUAUGAAGUAUAAAGCAGAGAAUCCAUCAAAAUCAAUUAAACAAAGAAGCGGCAGCGAGUCUCUUGAGCCGUCCCAAAUGUUGACAGAAGCAAAUAUGGGGAAAUUCAACGAGAACAACAACAAUAACAACAACAACAACAACAACAAUUCAAAUAGUGAAAUACAACGGGUUCAGGCACAAGCACCAGCAUCAGCACCAACACAAGCAACAGCACAGACAUCAACACCACAAACAGCAUCGUCAUUGCCACAGCAGCAGCAAGUUUCUCACUCGGAGCGAGAAGAGUCUCAACAGCAGGGACCUCUAUCCAAUCCUCAAACGAGUGAAGAAAAUCUCAGUCUCCGAGAUAAAAAGAAAUCUAAAAACUAUAAAAAAUUAACCAAAGAAGUCCACUCGGGAAUCGGGUGCUAUAAAGAAUUGGUAAACCAACUCCCCACUGCAUCCAAACAACUAUUAUUCUACAUCUUGGACUUGUUGGCCAUGGUCCAGAAUAACCUGAAACAGAAUUUAAUGAGCGCAAGAAACCUCGCGGCCAUUUUUCAGCCGCUGAUUCUUUCGCACCCUGAUCAUGACCUCGACCCCGAGGAGUAUGCAUUAUCACAAUUAGUUGUGGAAUUUUUGAUUCAAUACGCCUAUAAACUAUUACCCACCCACAUCAAAGGUGCAUCCCCGGCAACUAAUCCCGUUCAAAGAAAUAUGACCCUGGAUAAACUGAAGUCGCAAAGUUCAUCAGAUUCGCAGUUGAACGAGUUUGCACAGCAAAAGGAACCCAUGGGAGGGAAAACCCAACCCUACUCGGAACAACGUGAAUCUCCCAAAUAUUACCGUCGGCAUUCCAAAAGUCUCGGCGCAGAUGCCAACCACGAUGACUUGGUCGUGGGGUACCCACAAAACACCUCCCACCCCAUGCCAUUUGAAUCCGAUAUGGAAUACGAUGUUUCCGACGAAAACGAAGUAGGCUCCGACGUUGAUGAUUUAUACUUCCAGCAAAUGAGACUUAACGACGACAAUAUAUCCAAAACAAAGCGCAAGAGCACCAGCGAGCAUGGUCCUGCUACUAAGCCCACAGCAUCCCCAUUGCAAGAAGAGGAAGAGGAUCCAGUAUCGAUUGUUGUGACCAGUCCCCUGAGCAGCUCCGUUCCUAAAAUCAACCAAUGA